AUGCCCAAUAAUUUGUCUAUUGAACAAAGAUGGAGAAUUAUUGUAUUACAUUUUGAUAACAAUUUACCACUGCAAGUAAUUGCACGUAAAUCACAAUGUUCGGUUUCUACUGUUAGUCGAGUUACAAAUUUGCAUCAAGAAACAAAUAAUGUUUUAGAACGAAAAGGUAGAGGCAGACGUGUAAUUAUUCGUGGUCCACAGGAACUAUUUUUUUGGAUAUCAAUUGGUGCUCGUCGUCCAAAAACAUUCAUUGGUCAAAUAAAAUAUCAUGUAAAUGUACUUGGAGCCAUAUGGUACCAUGGUAAAUCUCGCUUAGUUUUUAUUAAAGGAAGUAGUAAUUCAACAACUUACCUACAUCAUAUACAACUUGCCAUUGGUAAUUAUCUUCAAGUCUUACAUCAUUAUUCUCUUAUCCAUGAUCGUACAACAUGA